AUCUACCGGGCGCGGCACGAUCUUCUCCGUCGGCUAUCCUCAAGCUCGCGCAAGGUGGAUCGGAGACAUGGAAAGCGGCCGCUUCCUCAUGAAGCAUCAUCGCAGGAAAAAGAGAGGGAGGACGAUUUCGCCUCCUACGAGUCCUCCCUCUCCGAGACCGAGGUCUCGGCAAUGGUCUCGGCUCUGAGCCGGGUCAUCUCGACCAGCGACGACGCGCCGAGCUCGGCCGACGACCCGGCAGCGCCGGUGCAAGAGGAGCAUGGGGACCCUUCGCAGCAGGCUCCAGAUCAAGAGAGUGUUAGAAAAAAACACUAUAGAGGAGUAAGACAAAGGCCAUGGGGAAAAUGGGCGGCGGAAAUACGCGACCCCAAGAAAGCAGCCCGUGUUUGGCUUGGCACUUUCGAGACUGCCGAGGAUGCGGCCUUGGCAUAUGAUAGGGCAGCUCUCAAGUUCAAAGGCACCAAGGCUAAGCUCAAUUUCCCUGAACGAGUUCAAGGCAAACCCGAGUAUGCCGCAUACUCCAAUCCAAGUCACCAAAACUCAGGUGUCAAUGUUUUGCCUGAACAAAUCAAUCCUCAGCCGGCACCUUUUGUUCCAUAUCCACACGCGGCUUUUCCAGACCUGGCUCAGUAUGCACAGCUUCUAUCAAGUAAUGAUGCUGAAUUUCCUUAUUAUGUUUCGAAUCUCUAUGGUCAGGAACCUUUUGGUUCGCAACAAUCUUCAUCAACGUCGUCCUCAUCAAUUAGCUCAUCGUCCUAUCACUACAACCAGCAACAACAGCAACAGGAGCCGCAAAAUGUGCCAUCAAGAACUUCUUUUGGAUGGUCCCCAUCUAAUUAUGAUUUUCAAGGAUAUGGAGAUGGAUUUGAUCCAAGAAAUCAAGGGCAAUAGCAUCAUCCUCAAGCUCUUCGCCUUCAAUUUUUUUUCUUUUUUUUAAGAUUGCGCGAUGGGGCCUUAUAUUAUAAAUAGGGCACCAUGGAGAUUUUGGAAGACCCAGUUAAUGUGAAGAGCUUCUAAGAGUGUUUUUUUUCCUUAAAUAUGGAAGCUCUAUAUAUGUAUUGGAUUUGGAGCUUAUUGGGAGGGUUUCCCAGCCGAAGUUAUUUGCAAUGAUCUGGGAGAUGAUCUCAUGUCCCAUAUGUGUGCAUAUGGGACAUGUAAGAGAUUGUACUUUAUCCUUCAUAUUGUAGUCAAUCCUCAACUAUAUGUUUGCAUUAAGUGAUAUACUUAGCCGACAAUCUUAUCAAA